UUCGCAAUUAUCGCGGUUUUCCUUUGCCGGCGUGAAAGGAGGAGAAGCGGUGAACUGAAUAAUCAGACGGCACACAUAUAACGGUGCCUAUAUAUAUAUAUAGCUCACACCACUCUUCUUUAAUCGCUAUUUACAGUUGAGCGGCGUAAGGCGAAGCAACUCAAAUACUCAAUAAUAAUAAUUCUCCACUUGACCGAAGCAAACAAAGGAAACAAAUACCGAUAUGCCUUCUAUUGGGGGCGUUCUACGGUCCCUGGGGCUAACCCUGCUCCUCCUGGGGCUGAUAAUUCCCGCGCAUGGAGUGAGAUUCCGACGAGGUCGCCUCAACAGCGGCUUCCUUGGUGAUCCCAGCCACGAGGCCACUCUGCAGCGUUCACUGCCCGCCGAGGAUCUGUGGUUCGAGCAGCGUCUGGAUCAUUUCAAUCGCCAGGACACGCGCACCUGGCAGCAGCGAUACUUUGUGAACGCCGAUCACUACAGAAACGACUCCUCCGCCCCCAUAUUCCUGAUGAUUGGCGGCGAGGGCGAGGCCUCGGCCAAGUGGAUGCGUGAAGGUGCUUGGGUGCAUUAUGCCGAGCACUUUGAAGCCCUGUGUCUGCAGCUAGAGCACCGUUUCUACGGCAAAAGCCAUCCCACUGAGGACCUUUCCACCGCCAAUUUGGCUUAUCUUAGCUCCGAGCAAGCACUGGAGGAUCUGGCCAGCUUUGUGGUGGCCAUGAAAAAGAAAUUUAAUCUGGCUGAUGGCCAGAAAUGGAUAGCUUUUGGUGGCUCUUAUCCGGGGUCGCUGGCUGCCUGGGCUAGGGAGAAGUAUCCUCAUCUGAUUUACGGUUCGAUUAGCUCCAGUGGCCCGUUGCUGGCCGAAGUGGAUUUCAAGGAGUACUUUGAGGUGGUCAAGGCUUCGCUGGCUGCCUACAAACCCGAAUGCGUGGAGGCGGUGGCACGUAGUUUUGCCCAAGUGGAAAUUCUCAUGAGGCAUAUGAUUGGUCAACGGAGUUUGGAUGAGAAAUUCAAGACCUGCACUCCCAUCAAGGACUCGAUUGAUAACCCACUGGAUAUAGCCAGUUUCUUUGAGAAUCUGGCUGGAAACUUUGCCGGCGUGGUUCAGUACAACAAGGACAAUAGUCCGCAUGCCACCAUAACCAUUGACGAUAUCUGCGAUGUAAUGCUAAAUACCACCGCUGGUCCGCCUGUCACUCGUCUGGGCCUGGUAAAUACCAUGCUGCUAAAGGAUUCCAAUACCACUUGCCUGGACUACAAAUAUGAGACAAUGGUAAAGGACAUGAAAAACGUGUCCUGGGACUCAAAGUCGGCCGAGGGAAUGCGACAGUGGACAUAUCAGACAUGCAACGAGUUUGGCUUCUAUCAAACCUCAGAGAACAAGACUGAUAUCUUUGGUGGCCGGUUUGGAGUGGACUUCUUCAUACGCCAGUGCAUGGAUGUGUUUUCGGACAACAUGGAUGCCAAGUACUUGGAGCAGGUUGUGUCGCAGACCAACAAACAUUAUGGAGCCCUGCAUCCGCAGACAACCAAUGUGCUGUAUGUGCACGGUUCCAUUGAUCCCUGGCAUAGGCUGGGUUUGGUCAAGUCCACGGAUAAGGCAAUUCCUACGAUUUUCAUAGAAGGAACUGCUCACUGUGCCAAUAUGUACGAGCCGGUGAAAACCGAUCCCCCACAGCUGGUGGCUGCCCGUAACAAGAUCCUCAAAUAUUUGGCCAAACUGCUGGAGGGCUACACCUCAAUCCCCUAAUGAAACCGAAGAAAUAGCUGCGCCAGCAGAAAGUGAAGUCGCAUUAAUCCUAGUUGUCAGCAUGUUUUCUUUUUAUUCUGUUUACGUUUUGCAUGCGUUCAAACAUUAAAUACACUCUGCUGCGAGUUAA